GCGCCUCAGCCCCGCCCCUCCGGGCGCGCCCACGUCCGUCCGGGCGCCACGGGGCCGCCAUGCCGGGCCGCCUGCUGCGGGGCCUGCGGCAGUGGUGGCGCAGCUACCGGUACCGCUUCGUACCUUGGAUCGCGCUGAACAUCAACCACAACCCCAGGACCCGCCGGGACGUCCCGGGGAAGCGCGAAGACAAAGUGCUCGCGGACGCCGAGGUCCUGGCGGCGCUGCUGCGCGUCUUCCGGGCGCUGCUCGCCCACGACCUGCCCCGCCAGCGGGAGGUGCUGGCGGCGCUCCCGGAACCGGUCCGGUCCGCGUACCGACACCUGCUGCCGGACCGCGGGCCCCGGCGGCCGCACGCCCGGAGCCCGGAAGACGUUCUCCUCCAGACGCUGGGCUUCAGCGUCGCCCGCGCCGCCAGCUCGCUGGUGUCCGCCGGAAGGGGCGUCUUCGUCACCAGGGGGCUGGCACCCAGAGGCGCCGUGGUCUCCAUGUACCCCGGUACAGUAUAUCAGAAAUAUGAGCCAAUCUUUUUCCAGUCGAUUGGAAAUCCAUUUAUUUUUAGAUGCUUGGAUGGCGUACUCAUUGAUGGAAAUGACAAGGGAAUAUCGAAAGUCGUGUACAGGUCUUGCAGUGGAAGGGACCGACUGGGCCCUUUGAAAAUGAGUGACAGCACUUGGCUGACAUCAGAAAUUCAGAACCCUCUGGCGGUGGGCCAGUAUGUCAACAACUGUUCCAAUGACAGACCAGCCAACGUCUGCUAUCAGGAGUUCGACGUGCCCCCGAGUUUCCCUGUGGAACUGAAGCAGUACCUCCCCAACACCACCUACAGCUGCGCCCAGCAAAGAGCCCCUGCGCUGUGUUGUCCUCAUUGCUCUCAGGGAUGUCGGCCAAGGAGAAGAGCUUCUCUCCAACUACUACACCAUUGUCCGCUGACUGAACAAGGAAGCGGUUCUUCUACUCGGUCCAUGUUAGUAUUUUGGUUAGUCAUUUCUGAAUUCCAGAGGAGGAACUUAUUUCAGUUUUGUUUCAAUCCCAUGCUAAAAAUCAUUUGCUUAAUUUCAAUUUCAAAUUCACAAUGCAACUCCAAUUUUACUUCAUUUUCACCUAAAUACAGUAGCUUAUUAAAACCUACUGCCUGGAUUUAUAAUUUUUCUUGUGUCCAUGUACAUGUGUGGUUUACAAAAUUUUAGCCAAUUCCUCAGCAAUUCUUUUACUGUUGAUGUAUAUGAACUUCUGAAAAAUGUUUUUACAGAAUGAAAACCAAACCAUUUUUGUUGCCACAAGUUAAUUGGUGUGUGUGUGUGUUGAUUUAGCUGAGGGGGAAACUGGAGUAAUGCCAUUUUCUUAAUUUGCACAUUUACACAGAUUAAAGCACCACGAGAGACUGUUUGGCAUGGGAAGUCACGUCUCCAUGUGGCGUCCCAGACACCAGUGUGAAGUGUCCGUUCUCUGUCAGGGCCAGGGCCUGGGAGACUCAGAGAGCAGCAGGCUCAGACGCCUGCCAAGGACGGCGACUGUGGCCCAAAGGGACGGGCCUGAAGUCACCGUUAUCUUGCUCCGGCCUUGGAGGCCUCUCUGUAGCUCUCCCUUCAGACACGGCCGGAGGCAGUGUGCCUGAGCCUCCCUCACUGAGCUCGCUGGCGUCACGGGGGAGGGAAUGUGGUUUUAGACCAGUAACCAGAGCCUGGGGUCAGGGCUUCGUUUCCGUUCUCCCUCUCCUGUCCUCACACAGAAUCUGGACAUCGUGUGCCAUCUGACCGGAGCAGACUAAGGGAGCCAGAGAAAGCUCUGGUCAGAGCAAGUGCCGUAGGGACACCUGGGAGUUAGGCGGAAAGACCCUUAGUUGAAAAGGUGAAGGCCAGAGUCUACUGACUGUGACUGUUAUGAAGAAAUAGUGAUGUGACCAAAUUUCAGGUAUCGUGUCUUCUUAAAAGCCACUUAGAACAGUGUCUAACACAUCAAAAUGUUCAUUAAAUAUUUCCUGAAAUUGUAAUCCUCACUUUGGGAUGGCUAGUAUUAUAAAUGGAAAUUUAUUAUAGAGAAUUUACAGUAACUUUUUUGUCUACCAAAUACCUUAUUUACCCUAUCUAAAACCAAUUUCACAGUGGUUAAAUAUCUAUGUGUGCGUUAUAGCUUAAGACUCAUUAAAUAAAACCUAUUUGUAGCAAAUAUUCACACAAGCCAAGAAAGGAAAAAAAGAUUCCCAGAUUUUUAUUUCUGGAACUGUACAGGUAUUAAAGUACAACAGAUACAAAAUAAUGCUCAAAAAAAUCAGUGUUUAUGUACAAAUAUUAAAAUCAAUGCAACAAUAGCAACUUCCUCUUGAAUAUCUGUUACUAAGACUUGUUCUGAUUGUCACUAAUUCAUUUCAUACUCAAGGGUACUUAGCUCAAACUGGGACCAUUGGAUCACUGGUUUUCUAAGAGGAAUUUUAAUAUCUACCGUAUUUAAUAAUAAAACUAAUAGCUUCCUCCUUUUAGUGAAAAAUUAAGAACUUUUUAAAAAACAUAGUAAUGUCAAUAUUCUUAUAAAUUAUUUCAGUUUCCAUUUGUAGACAAUGUGCUUUGAAACUGGGCAAACAAUCUCCGUGGUGGCCGGGGUUCCUCCAUUAGUUUACAUUCAGAGUUGAGUCACUGGAGACUUUGGUUAAAUUCAAUAGUUAAAAUCACUCUGCUCUGUGAGAGCCGACGUCCUCAAACACUCAGGGCCCUCAGUCGUACAAAUUAAUAGGAAACAAUUGCACAAUGCUUUGACCUAAUUGUACACACUUUAGUAUCGUUUAAAAAUUAUUCUACAUCCUUCAAGUAAAGUCAGCAGCUGACCGAGGAGAGCCGGCACCGAGCGCGGCUGCAGGAAGUAUUGCUCUAGUCACAGCACCAUCGCACCCACCGCUAUCCCCAAGUCUCCACAGAAAGACACAUCAGCCCACUGCAAUCGCUCACCAUGGAUUUUUGGUUUGUUCGUAUGAAAAUAAUGCAGCCAAGG